AUCCAGAAAAGUCUUCUUGUCCCGUUCCUGGGCUGCCCCGGCCUAGGAUGACUGGGGACCCCCACGUCUGACGGGGGCUCUCCAGAGCGACUCCCUGCGCUCCACGGCCUGGGGGGUUGGGGAGGCAGGGGCACCACCCAACCUGAAAUCUCCACGCCGGCGCCGUCUGGGAGCCCCACCCAGAGGAGAUCCGUCCUGGGGAGGGUGGGAAAGCCUACUAGAAACCAGAUCCAGGACGGCAGGGAUGGGGCCAGGCUAAGAAGAGGUUGUGAAGUCCCUGUUGCCAGUCCCAUCCCCUUUCCAGGCUGUGGUCUGCCCACCUGCGCAGGGAAUGUGGGGGCACAUUUGGGGGCAGAGAAGGGAGGAUGGUGACUUGCCCCAGCUCACCGACCUCUGGAACCACUUCCUUCCUUCUGGGGCCCCUGCCACGUGCAGGGGUUGAGGGCUUCUCAGCCAGAAGCCCAAGCCAGCUCUUGCUGCUCAGGGCUACUGCUACCCACAGUGUCCUGGGCUCCAGGUGGGGAAUCUUGCCUGAUAUGGGGUAUGGGGAGGGAGGGAGGUCUCCAGAGCCUGCCUGAGGCUGCCCAUUCUUUCCCUGCCCUGGGGUUGGUGGUUCCUCCUUUUCCUCUCACUGGUUCCCCCACCGUGGGAGAGGAGGUGGCUCCUCCACUCUUGACACCAACCCCCUGACCCCAACCCCUGCAUGAGAGCAUCGGCUCACCCUUGUGACCAUACCUGCAAGCUCAGAGGGGCAAGAAAAGGAUUCUGAGGCCCUAGCAAGGGCUCUAUCAUUAGAUGGGAAGCCCUAAAAACAGACUGGGGGCUGUGUGAAGGGAGGACGAGAAAUGUCAUCUGAACUUGUGCCCUGCCCACAAACCCAGCUUCAUGCCAUUCGGGCUGGAAGAUGGUCUCAUUCUGGGCUGGGCGGCCCUGAGAGCUGGGGUCGGCACUUCCUGUGGAAAGCUGCUCACCUCCAGUCCCAGGAAGUGAGUGAAGUGUCUCCAGCCAGAUCUCCCUCCUUGCCCCAACCACAUGCCAGGCAGUGAUCAUGACUCAUGGUUCCCAGUAUAAAGGAAAGACCACUUCCCUGCUGGGACAGAGGUGGAGCCAGAGUCCCCAGCCCCAUCUCUUUCUGCCCCGCUGAGUCUCUGGAAUGGACCUGCCUGCCAGGAAGCCGGGUCGCCCUUGGUCCUGGGCUUGCCUGCCCCCUGGGGAACACAGCCCAGGCAGUGGUAGCAGUGGCGGUGAGGCCGUGGCAGCAGCAUUCGGUACAGAGGAUGUCCCAGGCCCUGGAGCGCCCGGAGGGCUGCUGGGCCUGGGUGGUACUGCUGGCUUCCCUGGUGAUCCACGGCCUCACCCUGGGCUUCCCCACAUGCAUCGGCAUCUUCUUCACCGACCUGCAGCGUGACUUUCAGGCCAGCAACAGCGAGACCUCCUGGUUCCCCUCCAUCCAGACAGCCAUGCUCCACGCUGGGGGACCACUGUGCAGCAUCCUGGUGGGAUGCUUUGGCUGCAGAGUGACGGUGAUGCUGGGGGGCCUGCUGGCGUGCCUGGGCAUGGUGGCCAGCUCCUUCUGCCGCACACUCGGCCAGCUCUACCUCACAGCAGGAUUCAUCACAGGCCUGGGCAUGAGCUUCAGCUUCCAGUCGAGCAUCACCGUGCUGGGCUUCUACUUUACCCACCGGCGGGCACUGGCCAACGCGCUGGCCUCGAUGGGCGUCUCGCUGGGCAUCACACUCUGGCCACUCCUCUCCCGCUACCUCCUGGAGGAGCUGGGCUGGAGGGGCACCUUCCUUGUCUUCGGUGGGGUCUUUCUCCACUGCUGUGUCUCCGGGGCAAUCAUGAGGCCUGUGGCCACCAGCAUGGCCCCUGAGACCAGAAAAGGCCUCCCUCCACCUUCCAAGACACCUGCGCCCGGCUGCCCGGCAGCGUGUAGCCGGGCCAUACAGCGCCACCUGGCCUUCGACAUCUUGCGGCACAACACAGGCUACCGUGUGUACACGCUAGGUGUCGUGUGGAUGAUCGUGGGUUUCCCGCUGCCGCAUAUCUUCCUGGUGCCAUACGCCAUACGGCAUGGGGUGGACGAGCACCGGGCAGCCCUGCUCAUCUCCAUCAUCGGCUUUAGCAACAUCUUUCUACGGCCCAUGGCUGGGCUGAUGGCAGGCCGGCGGGACUUUGCUGGCCACCGCAAGUACCUGUUCAGCCUGGCAGCCCUGCUCAACGGGCUCACCAACCUGGUGUGCACAGUGUCGGCUGACUUCCGGGUGCUGGUGGGCUACUGCCUGGUGUACAGCGUGUCCAUGAGUGGCAUUGGUGCCCUCCUCUUCCAGGUCCUCAUGGACAUUGUCCCCAUGGAUCAGUUCUCCAGGGCCCUGGGCCUCUUCACUGUCCUGGAGAGCAUCUCCAUCCUCAUCGCCCCACCACUGGCUGGGUUCUUCCUGGACAUCUCUGACAACAACUUCAGCUAUGUUUUCUACAUGUCAAGCUUCUUCCUCAUCUCAGGCGCCCUCUUCAUGGGUGGUAGCUUCUGUGCCCUGCGGAAGAAAGAGAGGCAGGGCAGGCAGGCCGAGGGGGAAGGAGCCAUCACGGAGGCUGCGCUGGAGCAGACCCUCACCGUGGAAGGCACAGAUGGUUCCAAGAAGCAGGUGUACACUGAAAUCAUGUAUGUGACCAGCCUCUGAGCCCUGGGAUCACAUGUGUGACCAGCAUCUGAGCCCUGAGGUCAGUGAGUGACCACUGCCUCAGCCCAGGAAUGGGAUGUCCAGCUGCCUUGCCAGGAGCUGGGGUGAGAGCUGCCCCCAGGAAGCCUGAACCAAAGGCGAUCCAGGCUUUGCACGUUGGGACUCAGCCAGGAGCUGGAACCUUGGAGGCUGGCCUCCGAAGACUCAGGGUUCCUUGCAACUAGCAGAAUCCAGGAGCGGGUCCUCCUGAGUUUUAUCCUUGGUACCAGAGUACCUGGGGCCCAGGAAGUUGGGGCUGAGCCCUGCUCCCGUCUGUCAUGGCCAGGUCAGCUCAGCUGGCUGCCCACUACUGCUGCUACAGCUCAACACACUGGACCUCCUAGUCCAGCCCGGAUGCCUCUGAUGUGAUCUCUUUGUCCUUCUCCGGCCUCCAGACAGUUCCAAAGAACUCACCCGUCCUCUGAGGCCCUUCUGUCCCCCUCUUCCCAAGCGACCCGGCCCUUGCCCUUAGAACUGCCUCCAGAACAGGUUGCUGUGCCCCACGUUGACUGGAACCUUGGGAAGAAGGGCCUUGUGAAAGAAGGAGUUGUGGCCUGCAGCGGUGGAGGGCCAGGCUAGGGUUUGGACAGAUUAAAUCUUUGGGUAGA